AAAAUCGUGAGGAUAUGCUGAAUUCAAAAAGCAACAGACUGACAGAAGCUUUGGAAGAAGCCAGUAAACUGUUCAAUGGAGUUUCCCGUGCACGAGAGGCUGCGCUGGAUGCCCAGUUUCUUGUCUUGGCAUCCAGCCUGGGCAAGGAGAAGGCCAAUGAGUUGCACUCUGAGAUGACAGCAUUCGAUUCAGUAGCAUUUGCAGAGGACUUGCUAACCUUCAUGGGUAUAAAUCGCUUAGAAGUAGAAGAAAAUGACAGUGACUCUGAGGGUGCUCCAGGUGGGUUUUUACCUAGUGAUGCUUGGAAGAAACUAGGAGAAGAAGCACAGAAGUACUUCAGAAGAGCACCUACUUUUCACUAUAUGUUGGGAUCUUUCAAGUCUGAACCUCCUGUACCAAGGCAACGGAUUGAGAGGCAGAAAAGGGCUACAGGAGGAGAAGCAAAACGGGCAAUGCCUGCUCAGUUACAAAAAAUGGAGGAGUCUCAUCAGGAAGCUACAGAAAAAGAAGUAGAGAGGAUCUUGGGAAUAUUGCAAACUUAUUUUAAAAAUGAUCCCAAUACACCCAUUUCCUUCUUUGACCUUGUGAUUGACCCAAACUCUUUCGCACGCACUGUGGAAAACAUCUUUCAUGUGUCCUUCAUUAUAAGGGAUGGGCUCGCAAGGAUAGAGCUGGAUGAGGACAAAUUGGCAGUAAUAGAGCCUUCACAGCGGGACAGCAGAGGGGAGGAAGACGUGGCAGCUGCCGCACGGAACCAGGCUGUGCUGUCCCUGAGCUACCAGGAAUGGCAGGAGAUCGUCGAAAGCUUUGAGAUAACAGAGCCCAUGAUCAGCCCUCCCCCUCAGACUGCUGAAGAGGAAAUGGAGAUAGCAUAA